UCUUACGGGUCCGGAAAUCAAGUUAAACUUCCUGGCACAGCAAUAGACAAACCGAACUGUUAUGAGUUUGGAAAAACGACAUAUGAAUUCAUUUAUAACGAUCUCAAAGCGAAGGAUUCAGCAUAUUACACUCAGAAUGGACUUUUGAAUAUGCUGGACCGAAAUCGUCGCAUAAAGCCAGCUCCACAGAAGUUUCAACACGAAGACAAGGAAUUCGAUGUCAUUAUUUGUCUUGAAGAGAGGGUUUAUGAUCAGGUAGUUGAUCAUCUUCAUACUCGGCCAACAACAAGCGGUAAUCCGGCUCAUGUCAUUAAUAUCGACAUUGAAGAUAACCCAGAGGAAGCAACCAUAGGAGCUUGGCUAGUUUGUGAAUUAUGCGGAAAGUUGGAUGAAUGUGACGAUCUGGACAAUGAAAUCGACGAAAUCUUGGCAGAUUUCGAGGCAAAAAAUCAGAAACGGAAUAUACUGCACACCAUUUGUUUCUAUUGA